AUGACCCCCCUGUGCCGCUGCCUGAGGAUCCUGGCCAGGAAGCGGCAGCAAUACAGACAAGCAGCCCCCGAGUGCAGGGAGCCAGCGGCAUCUGCGACUCCCCAGCAGCUGCUGGCCCGGCUCCUGGUGCUGUCAGCAUCCCCCUUCGAGGGAGAAGGGCGCGGAGUGGCUGCGCUGCUCCCGCUGAACGCCCUGCGCCCGGAGAUGUAUGGGGACGGGGCUGAGCAGUGGUGGAUGGAGAUUCCAGCCAUGGUCCAGUAUCUUGAUGGACAUAGCAAGUUCUCUCUAGACCAGACCACGUGGGAGCACAAGCUGUUGGAGUUCCUCCAAAAUACCUUGGGGAGGAGCAAAGAGAGCGGCUGGAGCCAGGAUGUGAGCCAGGAGCUGGGCCGGCAGAUGGGCAGCUAUGCCAACGCCUCUGUGGAGAAGGCUUUCCUCUACAAGGCUCUGGGCACAGCCCUGGCCAUGAGCAAGGAUGUGGCUUCAGUGCCAGGACAGCUCCGGAAGCUGCUGCGCAUGGCCGACUGUCUGACUGGUGCAGAGAGAGAGUGCCUUGGCUCCUGCCUGCAGCUCUGUGCCAGGGACCAGCUGGAUGCCACCCUGAGAGCUCUGAGCGACUUUGAGGAGGAAAUGGUGGAGGGGGAGGAUUCCUGGCAUCUCAGGAAGGACCUGACCCCACGGGACAGGGACAGAGUGAAGAGCGCCCUCCUGCUGUUCUACAGCAGUGCAGCAGCCCAGGCGCCCCCCCAGCAGCUGCUCCCUCAGCUGGCGGACAAGAUCGUACCCAAAAUCCUGCACCAUUACAGCACCGGCUCCCAGGACACGGCCCUUACUCUGCACUUCAUUGAGAGCAUCUCUGCAGUCAGCCUGGCCGUCCAGAGGAGCGGGGAAUCCCAACCCCACCAGCUUCCUCACAAACAGGUGCUGCUCAGCCAGCUGCUGGAGAUCAUUAAGGCCGAGCCACCGAGCUCCCUGCUCUCCCCAGUUCACCAGAAGGCAAUGGUGACCAUCGGGCACCUGAGUAAAGCGAAGCAGCCACUGAGCUGCGAGAAGAAUCAGGAGUUGAUGGAGCAGUGUCUUGAUAGUGUCUUCUCCCUGCCUCCCCAGGAGUUCACUGAGGACGUGGGGCCCAUCCAGACUCUCUAUGCCAGCACCAUGGCCACCCUGGAGGGGCUGAUGCAGACGUUACUGGAGGGGGAUGAGAUGCCAGAGCGACUCCAGGGAACCUUCUGGCUCCUGCAGAGAUGGCUGGUGUCAGAGCAGGUGUGGGAGCAUGCACGCGCCAUGCGGGUCAGCACCCAGCUGCUGAAGGCAUAUCUCCAGACGGUCACCAUCACCACACAGUUCCCUCCUGGCCAGUUCAGCUCUCUGGCUGGGACGCUGGGCCCCUACACCUGUGACUCACUGGGCAGCAUCCGCCAGGGCGCAGGGGACGCCGUUGGGUGCCUGCUAGACAUACAAGUUGUCGAGCAGCCUUGGACCCUGUGGGGCCAAGAUAAGCAGCGGGCACUGAGGCGCGUGUGUCAGGAGCUGCAGAGUGCAGCUCCUGAGGAGGUGUGGGACGCGUCUGUCAAACUGGCCAAAAUGGUCAUCAGGGCCCUGCCCAAGGCGGAGAUCCUGCCCUUCACCCAGACCCUGCUGGAGAGCCUGGGGGCCGUGAGCCAGGCCUGUGACCAGGCCAGUGCCCUGUGGUUUCACAGGCUCCUGACAGACCGCGCCAGUGACCUGAAGGACACAGUCCAGGCCAUCCUGAGCAUCACCAGCCUCCUGGAGGAUCCCCGCAGCUUCCCCGAGGGUGUCUCCCUGCUGGCGAGGGCUCUGGUGCAGGUGGGUGAGGCACCACUGGAUAGGAUCCUGCAGCUCCUGUCCCCAUCCCUGAGCUCCCCAUGUGAGGACUGGAGAGUCACUGGCACGGCCUUCUACGCCGAGCUCAUGAGUCACCCCAUGCUGCAGCAGAGGAAGCUGCUGAAACCCGUCCUGAAGCACCUGGUGGCAGGGGCCGGCGAUGAGAGUGACACCAUCCGCCGGCUGGGGAACAUGGCCCAGGGGGUGCCGCAGAAGGUGAAGACGCACAGGCAGCUCCUGCUGGACACCCUGCGCCACCCCCUGGCUGAGCCCAGCAGCCCCCAGGUGGUGGGCGAGAGCCUGCGGGCGCUGACCAAAACGCUGGGGCAGCUGAGCGACGUGGGCCGCCUCUCCCAGCCCAUGGCCACGCAGGCCCGGGCUCACUUCCCACACGCCUGCUGCGCUGCAUUCCAGGCGUGCGCCCCAUUGCUAGGCCUCACGGGGCUCGAGGGAGCCUUUGACAGUGGGCUCCUGACAGGCGCCUCCGGGGAGAGGCACCGACACUUGAUGGGACACGUCUGCAAACAGCUGGCCCACAAGGCCCCUGCGCUGCUGGAGAGUCUCGUCACUGAGACCAGCCUGCACCUCCACAGCUGCUGGGAGGGGAUCAGGCUGGCAGCAGCCAAGCUGGCAGGGAUCCUUGCAGAGAACAUGGAGGCCCAGCAUGUCCAGCAGCUGGAUCUGGGAAAGCUUCUGUGGUCUCUCCGAGCGCUGCAUGGUGACCCCAGCACUGCUGUCAAGAUCGCUGCCGCAGAAUCCAUCAGCACCAUGAGCCAGAAGCAGCAGGAGGCCCUGCAGGAGACAGGUCCCAAGCACACAGCCCCCAGAGGCUAAGGGAGGCUGCUCUUUGUGAGGAAGCUCUUCAAGGGGAAGGGGAGACCCCCGGCAAGGCCCCUCGACACUGCAGAGUCGGAGAGCGUCUCCAGCAGCUGGUGUUGGAAGGAGACGGGUGCUGCUGUCAGAGCAGACGAUCGGGGCCUUUGGAGCCACGUUCCCCUCCCUCCAGGGGCGCUGGACAUUGAUGCGUAAAUAUGUGUGGAUAUAUUCUGUGCCUUUCCAGCCGUGAUCUGGGCUUUGCUAUCUCAGCGUCUGAGUCCAGGGCCCCAGUCAGUCCCAGCCCUGAGUCGGCAGGAGCUGGGAGCACAGGCAGCUCACAGACUGGGCACUGACGGUGCAGGGGCCAUAAAUAUGGGAACCAUGGGGAACGCCCCCUGGCACAAUUGAAUGCCCAUGGGGUGAGAGGGCGGCCAGGUGAGUCACAGACUGGCCUGUGCCAGGAGAGCCGGUUGUGAUUUGGCCCAGGCUUUUUAUCUAGAGAGUUUCCCUCCUCCCUUACCUUUCCCUGCUCCCCUGGGUGAAGUCCAGCUCCUGCCAGGGCCUCUGAAAUGCUGCUCCGGGUUGCGUGGGGGAGCGGGAUGGAAUUCCAUAGGGGGAUUCUCUGCUACUUCCAGGCUCCAGAGUUUGCUUAUUUGACCUGAUAAAAGCUCCUGUGGGGCUGUUCUUUUAAACCCCAAACUCCUCUAAAAAGACUCUCUCAGCCUCCCCUCCCCCACAUCGUCUCCCAGGCUACUCCCACCCUGUCAGGCUACCAGAGGUUAGCAGAGGCUCACGAAAUGGCCCCCAGCACUGCCUUGCUGUGCUGUGGUGGAGAGAGAAGUGAGCUUCAUGGCCCUUAGGGCCUAGGGGACAUUUUGACCUGGAAAAGGCUCGUGUUAGGUGCUGCACGUACUGCUGGCUCUCCAUGCACGUCUGUUCCUGUGGCUGGCUCACAGCGAGAGCAGCAGCCUGCUUCUUCCAGCUACAGAAGGGUAGGACUGGAACGGACCUCGAGAGACCAUCUAGUCCAGUCCCCUGCACUCAAGGCAGGACUAAGUAUUAUCUAGACCAUCCCUGACAGGUGUUUGUCUAACCUGCUGUCAAAAUCUCCAGUGUCGAGAUUCCACAACCAACCUUGGCCAUUUGUUCCAGUGCUUAACUACCCAGAAAGGAAGUUUUUCCUAGUGUCCAACCUAAACUUCCCUUGCCGCAAGUUAAGCCCAUUGC